AUUACUUUCCACAAUGGGAAAAGACUACUACAAAGUGCUGGGCAUCAGCAAAGGUGCAACAGACGAUGAAAUCAAAAAGGCUUAUCGUAAAAUGGCUUUGAAAUACCAUCCGGAUAAGAAUAAGGAAGCUGGAGCUGAGAACAAAUUCAAGGAAAUUGCCGAAGCUUACGAUGUUCUUUCCGAUGAUAAGAAAAAGAAGAUUUACGAUCAAUUCGGAGAGGAAGGACUAAAGGAAGGUGGACCAGGAGCCGGAGGUGGUGGCGGCGGUGGAAUGCACUACGAAUUCCGUGGAGACCCAAUGAACAUUUUCUCAUCAUUCUUUGGAGGAUCCGAUCCGUUCGGUGCUGGUGGACCUGGAAUGUUUGAUCUUGGUGGUGGAGCCGGAGGCCCGAAUAUGUUCUUCAUGAAUCAAGGUGGUAUGGAUGACGGUAUGUUCGGCGGCAUGCAUCAAGGUGGAAGACGUGGACAUGCUCGUCAAGAUCCUGCUGUGCUCCAUGAUCUUUCUGUCAGUUUGGAGGAUGUACUGAAAGGUACAACGAAGAAGAUGAAGAUUACAAGAAAAGUUAUGACGGACAAUGCUCAACGCCUAGAAGACAAAGUUUUGACGGUCACUAUUAAACCAGGAUGGAAGUCAGGCACAAAGAUCACAUUCCCAAAAGAAGGUGAUCAGCACCCGAACAGAACUCCCGCCGACAUAGUCUUCGUCAUCAAGGAUAAGCCACACCCGAAAUUCAAGCGAGAGGGAUCUGACAUCAAACGCGUCGAAAAGAUCUCCCUGAAGUCUGCAUUGACUGGCCUUGAUAUUAUGAUUCCAACGUUGGAUGGAGCAGACUACCGUCUUCAAUUGAACGAUGUCAUUAAGCCGGGAACUACAAGACGGCUGACUGGAAAAGGACUUCCAAAUCCAAAGUCUCCAUCUCACAGAGGAGAUUUAAUCAUUGAGUUUGACGUGGAAUUCCCAUCACAACUCAAUCCAACUCAACGGGAAGUGAUUCUGAGGAACUUCUAAUCGCAUUUUUCAAUUUUCCCUCUCUUGCUUAUCAAUCAACUACAGUCGAACCAAGACGGGUAAACAAUCACUCUUGAUUGCCAUUGGAUUCGAUUUAGCAGUAUUCAGUCGCCUUGUUCGAUGUUUUCAAGCGGGUAUUUAAGAGAUUUUUUAUUAGGAUGUUGUUCUUUUUAUCACCCAUGUUUCAUUGUUAAUUACCCAUCUCACACAUAUUGCCCAUAGUUAUUCAGAUGCAUUUUUUAUCGUUUAUCAAGUCUCAUUCUAAUGACAUGAAAACCUUCAUUGACAAGAUACUCGGUGUAAUUGUAUCCCCCCUCAACCGCCCCCUCUUUCAAUUUUAAUUCGUGCUUCCUUAUCAACAUUUCCGAUAAAUAAACUUUUAAAUUAAA